GCUGUCCCGGGGGGGGGGGCGGGUGGAAUAACCGGUCCUCCGGCGCGGACCGGGGUGACAGCUGAGCCCGACCCGAGUGGGGACAGGCAGGUGGAGGAGGAGGAGGAAAGGGAGGAGGUGGUCGGUGCAGCCCCCUUCGCCACCCCAUUUUGGGAUCCCAAAGUGGCAGCCGAGGAGGGCUGAGCCCCCAGCCCCCGGACAUGGCCCCGACCCCCGGGGCCGCCCCCUCCGGCCCCCCCAACCCCCCCAGCCCUCCGGUCCUGCUGCUGCUGCUGCUGCUCCUCCUCCCCCCGGGCCUCGCCGACAAGCCGCCCGGACCCAACCCCGAGGAAUCCACCGUCGCAGAGUUCUGCCGGAUUGACAAGCCUCUGUGUGACAAUGAGGAUGAGCAGCUCAGCUUCGAGGCUGUCCGCAACAUCCACAAACAGAUGGAUGAUGACGCCAAUGGGGACGUGGAUGUGGAAGAAAGUGAUGAGUUCCUAAGGGAAGACUUGAACUACCACGAUCCGGCAGUGAAGCACAGCACUUUCCAUGGAGAAGACAAACUUAUCAGUGUGGAGGACCUGUGGAAAUCCUGGAAGGCUUCUGAAGUGUACAACUGGACUGUGGAUGAGGUGGUGCAGUGGCUCAUCAGCUAUGUGGAACUGCCCCAGUAUGAAGAGACCUUCAGGAAGCUGCAGCUGAGUGGACACGCCAUGCCCAGACUGGCAAUAACUAACGCCACCAUGACGGGAACCAUUCUGAAGAUGACCGAUCGGAGCCACAGACAGAAACUGCAGCUGAAGGCCCUGGACACGGUGCUCUUUGGACCCCCGCUCCUGACCCGCCACAACCACCUGAAGGACUUCAUGCUGGUGGUGUCCAUCGUCAUCGGGGUGGGUGGCUGUUGGUUUGCCUAUAUCCAGAAUCGCUACUCCAAAGAACACAUGAAGAAGAUGAUGAAGGACUUAGAGGGACUCCAUCGGGCUGAGCAGAGUCUCCACGACCUACAGGAAAGGCUCCAGAAGGCCCAAGAGGAGCACCGCACAGUGGAGGUGGAGAAGGUUCACCUGGAGAAGAAGCUGCAGGAUGAGAUCAGCAUCGCCAAGCAGGAGGCCCACCGGCUGCGGGAGCUGCGGGAGGGGACGGAGAAUGAGCUGAGCCGGCAGAAAUAUGCCGAGCAGGAGCUGGAGCAGGUCCGGAUGGCACUGAAGAACGCCGAGAAGGAGCUGGAGUCGCACAGUUCUUGGUACGCGCCUGAGGCUCUCCAGAAGUGGCUGCAGCUGACACAUGAGGUGGAGGUGCAGUACUACAACAUCAAGAAGCAGAACGCCGAAAAGCAGCUGCUGGUGGCCAAGGAGGGGGCUGAGAAAAUCAAAAAGAAGAGGAACACUUUGUUUGGCACCUUCCACGUAGCCCACAGCUCUUCCCUGGAUGACGUGGAUCACAAAAUCCUGACUGCUAAACAAGCCUUGAGCGAAGUGACGGCGGCCCUGCGGGAGCGUCUACACCGCUGGCAGCAGAUCGAGAUCCUGUGCGGCUUCCAGAUUGUCAACAACCCAGGCAUCCACACGCUGGUGGCCGCCCUGAACAUCGACCCCAGCUGGAUGGGCAGUGCCCGGCCCAACCCCGCCCACUUCAUCAUGACAGACGACGUGGACGACAUGGAUGAGGAGAUCGUGUCCCCCAUGUCCAUGCAGUGCCCCAGCAUGCACAGCAGCAUCCGGCAGCGCCUGGUGGAGCCCCCGCACCCCCUCGGAUCGCAGAGGUUGGUAGAGGGUCCCGGGCCGGGCCACAAUGAGUCGGGCCAGCUGGGGCAUUACUUGGCGGGCCGAAUGUCUCUCCGGCGAAUGCGCAGCUUCUCCUUCGGACAGUCGUUCAGUUCCGACGUUCACGGGACCAGCCCGCCAUCAGCCGCCUCUUCCUCCUCCUGCUCCUCUUCCUCCACCACCGCCACCACCUCCUCCUCCUCCGCCGCCUCUGCGCCUACCUUCCAUCACAGCACCUGUCUAUUACCUGUCUAUUACCAUCACAGUACCUCUUAUUUCCUCCAGAUGGACCCCCACCCCGACCUGCCCCCUCCUGACGUCACCUCCGGGAUUCACUGUCGUUCGGAGAGCUUUGGGGACUUGACCCAUUCCGACUCGGAGUCCUCUCUCCACAUGAGUGACCAGCACCGCCUGAUCACCUCCAGCUCGGGCUCCAAGCUCCUGGCCUCCAGACCCGCCCUGCUGACGCGCUCCACGGACGAGGCCCCCCCGGCCUCGUCCGCCCUCCCUUCCAACGGCAGCCACCGCGGGCCGGGGGAGGCGGCCGGCCUGGCGGCCCUGCAGGAGAAGCUGCCCGCCGACAGCCCGGUCGUAGCCAAGAAGGCCCUGCAGCUCCUGAACCACGGGCUGGAGCAACCCUCCGUCCUCGGGGAGCUGGGCCGCCCUGCCCACGGCGGCCACCACGCCCACAGCGGCCACCACGGCCACUCGGAUUCCUCUCGCUCCCACAGCCCCAGCUCCACUGAGCCGGACACCCCCUCCCCCGUCGUGGACGGCCGGACGGCCCCCCAUCACCACGGGGGCGGCGGCGGCAAGAGCACCCGGAUCCCGCAGCUGGCCGGCAAGAAGCACGGCGGUGGCGGCGGGGAGGACGACAGCGGCUCCACGGGCGAGGAGACUGACUCCAACCAGGGCAAGAAGAAGUUUCCUCUCAAAAUCUUCAAGAAGCCCAAGAAGUAGCCCCCGGGCAGGCCGAGGGCGGGGAGCGGAGUAGGGGGCCGCCCGGAGCCCCGGUGGGGUUGGGUGAGGGGGUCUGGCGGCCCGCACUCUAUCCCCCGCACCGGCUCUGCCCUGGCUCGCCCCAGGACCCCUCCCCCGGGUUUUCCUUAUUUAUUUACCGACCACUGCUGGUCCCACUUUGGAAACCACUGGCCUCUUCUCCGGCCCCUCCUCCCGAGAGCCUCCCUUUCUCCCCCGCGCUGUCCCCGCUUUGCAGUGCAUGACAUAGACCUGUGCCCUUGGCCACCCCCGCUGAGGGGCGUGGGGCUCAUUUGUAUGUUUUCCCAUUUCAUUGGUGGGUGGGUUUCUUUUUUUUGUUGUUGUUUUUUGUUUUGGGGGGACGUUUUUUUCCUCUCUGUGUUUGGCACUUCUGAUCAGCAAGGGCAAGGCCUGGACCCUGACCUCAGCUGGGGCUCCGGGGACCAGAAUCCGUGGCUGCCCCCCCGGACUCUCCGGCCCGAGCCGCCCCCUCCCUCCACUGCGGAUUGUACGGUGGAAGCUCCCUGCUGGAGCUGGGUGGGCAGACCCUGGGCCCUGGCAGCUCAGAGGAGGGGGAGGUGUCCCCUGCCUCCCCCCACCGAAACCCCUGUAUCUCUCAACCCCACCCCCUCCCUGUCCAUUUCCGAAUUCCAGAUCACUAAGCCAUGGCGAGUUUAGUUGGGUUUUCUGGUGGGACCCAGCCUGGCCUAGUCUCUGCCCCUGCUCCAACCCUUUCCUGUCAGGGAGGGGUCAGAGAGAGAGAGGUGAAAGCAAGCUGCCAGGGGCAGGAGUCGUUAAGGAAGGGGCUUUUGGGGCGCCUCUUUUCCCCUUCUUUCUCUCAGUGCUCCUCUAGGGGCUGGGGUCUUCAUCCCUAAAACCAACCAUCUCGGAGCACCUCCCCCGAGCCACCUGAAAAAGAGGUUGGAGGGAGUGAAGCCCUGCCCUUCCCCCUCCCCUCCUCACCCCCUACAACUUUCUUCAUGACCCCUCAAUCCCAAAGCCUUCCAGGCCCAGGCCCAUUCCCCGGUCAGGGCAGGAUGGGAGUGAGACUGUGGAGAGGUGGACUCUUCCCCCAAAGCCAGCCCGGGAACUGGGGCAGGGGAAUGUGUUGUCGGCAGCUUCCACCUCGGUUCUAGCCAGUUUAGAGUCGGUGGGGCGAGGGGGGGGGGCUGUCCUACGUCUGAGGGCGUCAGCAGGGGCUGAUUGGAGUGCAGUUGGGUGAGUCUAUUAUUGCUUUUGAACCAAAAAACAAAACAAUCUCCUGAAUUUCCCAAGUGCCUGCCCCCUUUGCCCCCAGCUUCCCCCUCCCGUAACUCCCUCUUCGUGCCACAGUCCUUGGCAGGCAGCAGGGAGCCCCAAGGCAAGGGAAGAGAAGUGGGGCCAGCUUCCCACUUCUCUCCCCCUGACACCAGGUUGGGAAGCCCCUCGGGCUCACAGGUUUGGCCCCAGUAGGGGCAUUGGCGGGGGAGGUGGGGGUGCAACCCCGUUGUCCCCCAGCUGUGCCUGGGCUGAGGUGUUGACCCUCCCUGGGGAAGCCACAAACCCCCGCCCUCCGCCAGAGGGGCGCGUCUGUGUCACUCUCCCCAGCCCAGUCCCUUUGCCCAGAGCCCAGGUCCCCGGGGAGGGGCCAGAGCCUGGAGGGCCUCUUUGGGUGGGUUCUCUGGCCUUCCACCACUCUGUGCAGUCCAAUAAAGCAUGUAGGAGAUUUUAACCA